UUUUUAUAAACUUUUAUUCUUUUUUCCGUAAAAUUGUAUUGUCAUGCUGCCACAUCAUCAUUAAAGCAGUUAUAAGCUAUUUGUUUUAUAAUAACUAGAUCAAAGGACAAAAUGGAAACAUUGUGAAAGGGGUCAUUAAUGAUUAACCUACACAGAAUUAUCACCUGAAUCUGAAGCUGCCAAGCUUUAUAAUCUGAUGUUUUUUGUGACCCUCGCGAUGAUGUUUCAAUAAUUGGUCUUCUGACUUGAUAUUUUGUGGUCGUGGUGUCUUGUCUGUUUAGAUGGUCGUGUGUAUGGACUGACAUUAAAUCUUUCUUUGUUGUCUUUGAAAAGAGAUCUCUUUGAGACUACAAACAAUGGCAGAUAAUUAAGUGUGAUUGGAUAGUGGCAAUAGAAAUGGCUGCCAGAGACAUGAAAUAUGUUCAUGACGUAUUAUCCGUAUUUACACCCUUUCAUUUUGUUUUGAAUUUAUUUUAUAAGGGGACCAUUUGUACUGUUACUGAUGGGAGAAUUCCAUUAAAACCCUUCUUUCAAUAAUGUUUGAUCCUUGUUUACAACUAAAGCAGCAACCUCUUGAGGUCAGUGACACACACAGCAGCCUGUGCAAAUACACUGCUUUCAGUCUCUGUCCUACUGAGCCCACUUCAGAUAACUGUGACGCCCAUUCUUUUUGCUAGAUGAAUUGGUUUUUCUUGUAUUUACAUCAUCUAAUCAGUGAUGUUACUGUGACUCACAAGCUGACCUCAUUAUUGCCAUCAUGUUGGAUGAGGUAACCUGUACUGAAGGUUAGGUUCAGUCAACUCACAAACACAUACACACACGCGCGCACGUAAUGUAUUUAUUUUAUUUAUGUAUAGCAUGCACACAAAGGAACAUGUACUGUAUGUACACACACACACACACACGCACACACAAUCACAUCCCGCUGCACUGCAGGAAUGGAAGGAAAGGGACGGGAUAGAUUUUCCACUGACUUCGGUCUCAGCCAAUCACACAGCAGGUGACCUCAACUCUGUUCCAAUCCAAGCCAAUCAGUGGUGAUGAUGAGCUCCCACUUCUUUCAUGUCUGGGCCCUGAUUUGCUGCCGUCUUGUGACACAGUGAGAGAAGCAGCCUGUGCUCUUCACAUGGGAGCUUGUGUCGUACACACAGAAGCAGGCGGGUAGUCAGGCAGCCAGCCCUGUUUGGGAGCUGUUGACAGAAACAUUUUUGCUGUCCUGGUGCUUUGGCAUCUACCUAGCAUCCGCACGAUCAUCAAUUAUUCACAACCUCAGCAGUGUGUCCCUGCAUCCGGGUGUAUGCGUGUGUGUGUGUGUGUGUGUGUGUGUGUGUGAGUGCGUGCACAUGUCAGUGUGUAUCACACUGUGUGUGUGUUCACAAUAUGCUCUCAUAGGAUCUUUGGGGAGCCACGUUCCUGCCGCUCCUCUCUCAGAGUCUUCUUUUCCUUUCUGAAACAUGGGCUCGUUUCUGUGGACAUUCGCAGGACAGGAACAUGAUGCUUCAUUAAUGGACUUUGUACAGCUGAUUUACAUUGAACCUCUUCAGAAGGAGAUCUUUUACUGGCCUGUGGACUGUUUUUGUUUCGGCAUCUGUCUAGUGCUUUCAUAAUCCGAACUGUAUUUUGGGCUAUAAACCUGUGCUUUUCUGUUUCUGGAUCUAUUUUGUUGAUUUGUCAAAAUGCCUGAAGCAAAUUAUCUGCUCUCUGUGUCCUGGGGAUAUAUAAAGUUCAAAAGGAUGUUGAACAGGGAACUGACUCACCUAUCAGAGAUGAGCCGUUCUGGGAAUCAGGUGUCUGAGUUCAUCUCCAGCACCUUCCUGGACAAGCAACAUGAAGUGGAGAUGCCAACCCCUCAGACACAGAAGGAGAAGGAGAAGAAGAAAUUGCCCAUGUCUCAGAUCAGCGGGGUGAAAAAGCUGCAACACUCCUCCAGCCUCACAAACUCUAAUAUCCCUCGCUUUGGAGUCAAGACCGAGACCGAGGAUGAACUCGCUAAGGAGCUGGAGCAUGUGAAUAAAUGGGGCCUUAAUGUUUUUAAAAUCUCAGAAUUCUCUGGGAAUCGGCCACUGACAGUCAUGAUGCACACGAUAUUCCAGGAGAGAGACUUGUUGAAAACUUUUAAAAUUCCACUUGACACCUUUAUAACAUACCUGAUGACCUUAGAAGACCACUAUCAUGGCGAUGUGGCUUACCAUAACAACAUUCAUGCUGCUGACGUCACCCAGUCAACUCACGUGCUGCUAUCCACCCCUGCCCUUGAGGCUGUGUUCACAGACCUCGAGAUCCUAGCUGCCAUCUUUGCCAGUGCAAUUCACGACGUGGACCAUCCUGGAGUCUCCAACCAGUUCCUCAUCAACACCAAUUCAGAGCUAGCGCUGAUGUACAAUGACUCGUCUGUGUUGGAGAACCACCAUCUAGCAGUUGGUUUCAAGCUUCUGCAAGAGGAGAACUGUGACAUCUUCCAAAACUUGACCAAAAAACAAAGACAAUCACUGCGAAAGAUGGUCAUUGACAUUGUGCUAGCAACAGACAUGUCCAAGCACAUGAAUCUACUGGCUGAUCUGAAAACUAUGGUGGAAACCAAGAAGGUGACCAGCUCUGGUGUCUUGCUGCUGGACAACUACUCGGACAGGAUACAGGUUCUCCAGAACAUGGUGCACUGUGCAGACCUGAGCAACCCCACUAAGCCUCUCCAGCUGUACCGCCAAUGGACGGACCGCAUCAUGGAGGAGUUCUUCAGCCAGGGGGACCGAGAGAGAGAGAGGGGCAUGGAGAUCAGCCCCAUGUGUGACAAACACAACGCCUCGGUAGAAAAGAGCCAGGUUGGUUUCAUAGACUAUAUCGUUCACCCUUUGUGGGAGACGUGGGCUGACUUGGUCCACCCGGACGCCCAGGACAUCCUGGACACACUGGAAGACAACAGGGAGUGGUACCAAAGCACCAUCCCCCAAAGCCCCUCUCCUGCCUUGGAUGAGUCUGAAGAUGGCACUCGACCCCCAGGAGGGGACAAGUUCCAAUUUGAGCUCACACUGGAGGAGGACGGGGAGUCGGACACUGAGAAAGACAGCGGCAGCCAGCCUGAGGAGGAGGAGGACGAGGAGGAGGAGGACGAGGAGGAGGAGGACGAGGAGGAGGAGGAAAACAGCUGUACUGACUCUAAAACACUCUGUACGCAGGACUCUGAAUCAACGGAGAUUCCUUUGGACGAACAGGUGGGGGAGGAUGAAGAGGAGGAGGUAGCGGAAGAGGGGGAGACACCCUGCUCACAACCAUGUGCUGUGGAGGAUGAGGUAGCAGAGGAGGAAGAGGAGAAAGAGAAAACCCCACACACAUAGCAGUUUAUGGACAGCACCUGAUUAACUGUUCUUCUUAGUAAUGACAGAUGAUUAUUUAUAGAAUAUUUUUUUGGGUUUUGUGGAGUCUGUCUGUGUUUUUUAUACAUCUAUGUUUAUGGUUCCAAAGUGUGCGCUGCUCUCCACCUUGGCCAGUCCUUCUUUCAGCUUUGUUCAGACACGCCCACUGGUACUUCUUCAAGUUUUUUUGCACUCAGGAAAACUCCUUUCCAUUCCCGUUUGUACUGAAGUGGUGUGUCUUUAUUUCACUUUUACACCUCCCCUUUACAAGUUUAGGUUCAGGACAUGGACGAGCGGCUCAUAGUCCACUCAGUGCUGUUCACACGAUACAAAAUAUCAAAUUUUCCUUCCCUACGCUUCGUCUCAGCCUUGCUUGAAAGUUUUGCAGUGUUUCUGUGUUUUUAUCAAGUGCCCAUACUCUACAGAGACGGUUAUCGGUGUGUUCAAGGAGAAUCUCCCCCUCAGUUAGGUUAUUCCCUCCCCAUUGCGAAUUAGGAGGCAUUUUAAGCUGCCGUUCCUGCUGAGAAGAAAGCCGCAGCACACUGGGGAACUUUUCGAGACACAUUGCAGAUGUGGAAGUCUUCCUUGAAAACCUGACUGAUAUACAAAGCUCAAAUCUAAACAGCCAUGAUGCUGUCCUAGACCUCUUUAAUUUUUGUAUGUACUGUAUGUAAGAUUCAGAUAUUUUCUAGAAGUUACUUUUGCAAUCCUAGGCUUUUUUUUGUUAGCAAAGAAGAUUAGAGAUCUUUUGGGAACCAAUGGGUAGAAAUGUGUCACAGAUAUUCAGUGUUUUGAAGGGGGUAUCUUCAAGGCUGGAUUACAUUAGGAGUGUUCUUAAGUGUUUGCACUUGCUCCAAUAGCAUUUAUACUACAAUUCCCAUGCCACUAUACUCGUAUUUGGUUAAUCCUGUAAAUAAAAAUUUGGAAUUUAUUCAUAACCAUUAUUUGGGUGAGCAGGAACCUGAAGUCUUAUGCUUUACUCUCAUUGAAACUGGGAUGUGGAUGAAGCCUUUCUAAUUUUGUUAUCGUUGCCUGCAGUUUUUUUGAACACAUCCUCAGACAAUGCAAUGCUUUGUAGUUGAUACAAAAAGCACCUUUUUUUAGAAGCUUGAUUAGUGCUCCAAGUAGACAGAAACAGCAAAGGUGGUAAAAACUACUGGGGUGAUUUUAUGCCAGUGUUGUGAAAGCUUUUAUUGUCCUCGUAUAAAUUUUUCUUGCACAUGUUGUUCAGAAUACACAUCAUCAUCAAUAGCUGCAUACCUGCUUGUUUCCAGCCACUUUAUUUUUAUGUUAAUUUUGCCAUUGCAACAUCAAACCCAGUUGCUGUCUUUGUUUUCGACAAGACAAUCAGCUCAGCUCCUUUUGCGUAGUCAUCAAACGAGAUCAUCCUCUACAUGGAUACUUCAAUGCACUGACAGAUUCAUAUGUCACCACUUCAAUAUUUUUAAUAUGUUUGAACUUGCCAAAACAGUCAGUCAUGAAUACUUAGGCUUGAACAGUGCUGUCUUACACCUCGCCAAGAGUCUCUUCAUCAUUUUUCACUUCACACCUGAUGCUAUUAUUUAUUGUUAUAUUUUUCUGUUUGUUGAGUCAUUUUUGCAAUAUAAAGGUGGUACAGUAAAUAUUUCACUGUAGCAUAGACCACAGUACAGGCUUGCCAGUUGCAGUACCCAAAUAUACUUUUUUUUUUCUCUGUGUACAUAAAAUAUAGAAAAUCAACAAAUGUUUAAAAAGAAAGAAAAAAAACACACUUGAAAUACUGCACACUGCUUUUUUCUAAGAGUGCUUGUUUUAAUUAUGUGUCAUUUCCAAACUUUUUAUUUAAUCUUUCAUUUUGUGCCAAGAUUUUCUUUCUCUCUUUUUUUUCCCAUCCUCACCCAAUGCCCUUACCUGUAAUAAAAUUGUCUGGUUUUAUCGCUGUUUACAAACAUAUAUUUAUUGUGCUGUAUAUAAUAUAAUUAUUAAUGUUAUUACUAUCAUAAUGCCGUUUGUUGUAAAUGGUUGAUUCUUAUCAUCCCUUUUGGUGAUGGUGUGGCUGUAUUACGUACCUCUUGUUGAGAGAAUGUUUAUUACACAUGAGCUUCAGUGUAAAAAAUGAUCCAUCGACAUGUUGCUUAUCUGAGAACUAGCUCAGUGAAGAGAGGGGGAAAGCCAAAUUGUUUUUUAAAAAAGAAACUGUUCCUUGGCCCAUGGGCUGUGCCUUAAAUUCAACGCAUGUCAUUUACUUUAGCCUUUUUCUUUCCUAUUUUAAUUUCUUGUUCUCUUUUGCUGCAUUGGUGAAUCUUUUGGCUUGGGUUGGCCUGAUCUCCAGUUGUAAAUUUGCAAAUGUUGCCUUUUUACUAUCACAGCCAAACACAAAUUGGAAAAUCUGCUGUCAGUGCAGACACUUACGGAGAUUCGGGUCAACUACAAGUCACAGAUUUACUACUUGAGUGAUGUGUGGCCUAUAGCCGGAUGUCCAAGAGUCGCAUUUGCUGUAGACCUGGUCUGAACAGCUCGCACCUUCCUUACUCCCUGCCUCUACACUCAAAGAUGUUACACAGCCGGUUGGAUGUAAACUACGCGGGAGUGACUUUGCUCCGUCUGUACAGUUACUGCAGUGUCGUCUACAUCCAUGUGGUCGUAUCCCAGCUACAAACACUGAACAGGGUGCAACGGGAGUGUGUAGUUGCUGCUUGUCCACGGCCUACGAAGCACAGAGGCUUUGAGACACAUCUGCAUGUUCAGCCACUGCUGCAUUAAUUAUGGCUGAAACACUGACAGUGUGUUGCUUAUCUAUGCUCGGCCCACACUUUGACUCACAUUACUUGCAAUAUCCAAAACCACUGACAUUUUUCUGCCUGGACAGGAGAAGGGUUUAGUAUAUUUCUGUAGUGAAGAGGGGCUUGGGUGGGAGUGGGGUGCAUCAUUGUACCGAAACAGGGACUCUUAUUUUGACACACAUACUGUAGAUUCUAAACAGCCCUGGACCAAUGGAAACAGUGGGUUCUUUUCUCAUUAUGUGUUCUAUUUUUUAUGGUGUGAAAGGAAAACACAAACUGUAACUUAAAAAAAGGUCUUCUGGACAAUUAUUUUUUGGGUUAUGUCUUUAGAAUGCCAACUUGUCUGGAAGUUUCACAAGACAAUUAAAAAUGUUAUUUUAAUGGAUUCCUUGUUAAUUGCAGUCUAUUGGAUAGCACUGUAGAUCAUACAACUUUAUGUAAAAAAUUAUAAUAAAAAUAAUGAAAAAAAAGUUUUUAUAUGCAAUGGAUUAAAUAAAAGCAUGGGUUGAUUCUGCCUA